CCGUGCGCCCUGCCUCGUCCUCAUGGCCUACCUGAGCCCCUCACAGCUCCAGAAGUUUCAGGAGGAUGGAUUCCUGGUGCUGGAAGGAUUCUGGUCUGCAGACGAGUGUGUGGCCAUGCAACGGAGGAUUGGCGAGAUAGUGGCUGAGAUGGAUGUCCCUUUCCACUGUCGCACGGAAUUUUCCACCCAGGAGGAGGAGCAGCUGAGGGCCCAGGGCAGCACAGACUAUUUCUUGAGCAGCGGCGACAAGAUUCGGUUCUUCUUUGAGAAAGGCGUCUUUGAUGAGAAAGGAAAUUUCCUGGUCCCUCCGGAGAAAUCCAUCAACAAAAUUGGCCAUGCUCUGCACGCCCAUGACCCUGUCUUCAGGUGUGUCACACAUUCCCCCAAGGUGCAGGCUUUGGCCAGAAGUCUGGGCCUCCAGAUGCCCGUGGUGGUGCAGAGCAUGUAUAUCUUUAAGCAACCUCACUUGGGCGGCGAAGUCUCCCCUCACCAGGAUGCCUCCUUCCUGUAUACGGAGCCUCUGGGCCGGGUGCUGGGCGUGUGGAUUGCUCUGGAAGACGCCACGCUGGAGAAUGGCUGCCUCUGGUUCAUCCCUGGCUCCCACACAGGUGGAGUGUCGAGAAGGAUGGUCCGGGCGCCUGCUGGCUCGGCGCCUGGCACCAGCUUCCUUGGGACCGAGCCAGCCCGGGAUAACAGCCUCUUUGUGCCCACACCGGUGCGGAGAGGGGCCCUCGUCCUAAUCCACGGAGAAGUGGUGCACAAAAGUGAGCAGAAUUUCUCCGACUGCUCACGCCAGGCCUAUACUUUCCACCUCAUGGAGGCUGCUGGCACCGUCUGGAGCCCAGAUAACUGGCUCCAGCCGACAGCUGAGCUGCCCUUUCCCCCACUGUACACCUAAAGGCCCUCUGAGGGCAGGGACGCCACCCCCUCUUGGGAGAAGCUGUGGGCCACCAAAGCCAGCGCCUCAACCCACCGCCCAGCUGCGAUGGGGAAUUCGUGUCUCUUCUCCAGGGCUUUCCUUCUGCUGGUGUCUGUGCAGACAGGCAGGCAUGAGCAGAAGGCUGGGCUGGGUGCCUUCCCCGACAUCUGUCUCUGUCCGUCCCUCUACCCCAACACAACCUCCCCCUAGAGGCAGCCUCACGGCCAUGAAAGGGUUCUGGCUGUUUCUCUGCCGGCUUCUCACUCGUCGUCUCCCCUCUCACAUGGAACUCUUGGUCAUUAUGGUGGGAGACACUGAAUAAAAAAGACUUCCAAAUGCA